CUUCCUCCUUUUGGCGAGAGAGAGAGAAGGCUACCGGCAGAAAGCGGAGUCGUCGUCGUUUUUACGUUUCUUCUUCUCACCACCUCCACAGAAAGCUGUGAGUUCUGCGCAGAUCUCCAAUCAAGCAGGCAAAAAAAAAAAAAAAACCUGACCUGAAAUCACCAAGAGGAAGCAAAUCAUCAAACAUAUUAAAAAGAAAAAAAAGAUGUUGCCUACAACAUCGAGAGGGCGUGCAUCAUCGUCCUCCACUUUCCCUCACUACCUCCGUCGAAUCAUCAAGUGGCAACAAAUGGACGUUGAGUACACUUUCUGGCAAAUGCUUCACUUGUGCACCUCACCAAAAGUCGUCUAUCAGCACACUAAGUAUCACAAACAAACUAAGAAUCAAUGGGCACGUGACGACCCUGCUUUUGUUGUAAUCUGCAGCCUCCUUUUGGUAGUUGCGGCUUUGGCUUAUUGUGCCGCGUAUGACCACAGUGCCGGACAUGCUGUUUUUGUAGUUAUUUCCGUAUUAUUUUUUCAUUUUUUAAUUUCAGGAGCUGGUCUGGCUACAUGUUGUUGGUUCCUAACUAAUGCAUACCUUCGGGAGGAGGCUCCAAAUAGUCAUGUUGUUGAGCAACGGGUUGAAUGGCUGUAUGCAUUUGAUGUGCACUGCAAUUCUUUCUUCCCAAUGUUUGUGAUGCUUUAUGUUAUACAUUAUUUUCUGUCACCUCUUUUGGUUGCCCAUGGGUUCAUACCUGUAUUCCUGUCAAACCUGCUGUUCAUGGUGGCAGCCUCGUACUAUCAUUACCUCAACUUUUUAGGCUAUGAUGUGUUACCCUUUCUGGAGAGAACAACAUUUUUCCUCUAUCCAAUUGGUGUUGUCAUUGUCCUGUCUCCUAUUUUGAUUUUGAGUGGCUUCAAUCCUUCGAGAUAUUUUAUGAAUGUGUACUUUAGUCAAAGGGUGUGAUUUACUAAGCUAACACUUCGGAUGGCACAUAAAUGAGAUGGGGGGAAUAGUUCAGAGACCGCAUCAACUAUGAGAUGGCCAAAUUUUUUUCACAUACAUGUAGUAAAACUGAGGGGAGGAUUGCAAAAUGAAAAUCUUUGUAGCUAUAUUGUAGUCUUUUUUCCAAUUCAAGUGGAAAUCAAACCAAUUGAAGUUGGGCAGGCAAGAAGCGUUUUUAUAGUCAAUAUCAUUGUUCCAGCGGAUGUGUUUUCCAUGGUCUUUUAUUUGAAAAGGUGAAUAUGAUAAUCCCCUGUCUCUUUGGAAAUUCUAUGCAUCUUCUGCAUUAAAAAAACAGAAGCCGAGUAUCUGCAAUGUUAUCAUCAAAAUGGAUUCAGUACUGUAAACACCAAUUCUUUUGGUGCUGACAUUCUCGAUGAAUGUUACCGUGAUUAGUAGCUACAA